AUGACGAUAAAAGCAGGGCUCGCCCGCUGGAAGAGCGUGUCCUGGCGAUCUGGCAAGGCGACGCUGCAGCACACAACCAAGGCCCAAUUCGCACUUCCCAGCCAAGUGUUUCUAUCCGGCAUCGCGAUGCACUUGUCGACUCUCCUGCAGGUGGUGGCAGUGCUGGCCGACGGGGCGUUGGCCCGGCCAUGGGCGCCGCCGCCGAGCUACCGGAUGCACGAGCGGCGUGAGAUGGCGCACCCACGGUUGAAGCGACGGAUGGAGGCGGACACGGUGCUGCCGAUGCGCAUCGGACUGCGUCAGAACGCGCAGUCGCUGGCACAGGCCGAGGCCUGGCUGAUGGAUGUGUCGCAUCCGACGUCGGCUAACUUUGGAAAGCACUGGAGCGCGGAGGCCGUGAUCGAGGCGUUCCAGCCAUCCGGCGAGACGGUCGAGGUGGUGACGGCCUGGCUGGUGGGUGCGGGCAUCUCCAAGGAGCGGAUCACGCACAGCGACAACAAGGCGUGGCUGGCCUUUGACGCCACUGUGGCCGAGGCCGAGCAGCUGCUGCACACGGAGUAUUUGCACGACGGGGCCGCAGGUCAGGCGCUGGUCGGCGUGGAGCAGUACCACCUGCCGGGCCACAUACAGGAGCACGUCGACUACGUGACGCCGGGUGUGAAGGCCGUGGUGAUGGAUCUGGAGCGGCGGCAGAAGCGGUCGACGACGAGCAAGAAGAUGAAGGCGAAGCGGGUCACGCAGACUCUGGCACGCAACGCCCGGCGCAAGCUGCGGCCAUUUCCCCGAAACGUCGGCGACGUGACCGCCGCCAACUUGACGGCCUGCGACACGGUGCUGACGCCAGCCUGCAUCCAGGCGCUGUACAACUUCACGGCGCCGGAGGUCGACGCGACCGUCAGCACGGACAACGCUCUCGGCAUCUUCGAGGAGGGCGACCACUACGACCAGGCCGACCUUAACUCGUUCUACGCUAUGUACGCGCUCCAGGUUCCCAACGGCACGCACCCGGACCUGGACUCGAUCGACGGCGGGGUGUCCCCGAUCGACGGUGAUGCCGGUGGCGAGAGUCUGCUGGACUUUACGAUCGCGUACCCUAUUAUCUACCCGCAGAACAUUACGCUCUACCAGACCGACGACGAUUACUAUGCUAACAACGGCAACGGAAGCUCGACCGGUCUCUUCAACACCUUUCUCGACGCAAUCGACGGGUCUUACUGCACGUACGAAGCCUAUGGCGAGAAGGGUGAUUCGUCUAUCGACCCGGUCUACCCUGACACCGAGGCCCCGUCUGACUCUAACCCUUACGCCGGCAAGCUGAUGUGCGGCGUCUACAAGCCGACCAACGUGAUCAGCAUCUCGUACGGUGUGUACGAGCAGGACCAGCCGUACGCGUACCAGGAGCGCCAGUGCAACGAGUACCUUAAGCUGGCGCUGCAGGGCACCACCAUCCUCUUUGCCAGCGGCGACACUGGUGUCGGUGGCUAUAACUACGGCACGCACGGCGAAGGGUUGUAUUACGGUUGUCUGGGCGAUAACGAUACCGUCUUUACGCCCUCGCAGGCCUGCAGCUGCCCGUGGGUUACCAACGUCGGCGCUACUGAGGUCUUCCCGGGAAAGACCGUUUUCGAGCCGGAGGAAGCCGUGCUAGUGCAGGAGGACCGGAUAAACGGGAACUACAGCAGCAGCGGAGGCUUCUCCAACAUCUUCGGCAUCCCUUCCUACCAGGCCGCAGCCAUCGAGACCUACUUCAACGUCAGCAACCCGCCCUACCCCUACUACUACGACGGCAACUGGCAGAACGCCACCAACGGCGGCGUCUACAACCGCAACGGUCGCGGCAUUCCUGACGUCGCCGCCAACGGCUGGAACUACCCAGUCCCGCAGGACGGCGUGUUCUACCUGAGCGGCGGCACCUCCCAGUCGGCCCCGCUGUUCGCCUCUCUGCUCAACCGCAUCAUCGAUGAGCGCAUCAAGAUCGGCAAGGGUGGCCUCGGCUUCAUCAACCCUACCCUGUACGAGAACCCGGGCGUGCUCAACGACAUCACCAAGGGCGACAACCCUGGCUGCGGCACCCUCGGCUUCUCUGCCUCGGUCGGCUGGGACCCGGUCACCGGACUGGGCACGCCCAACUACCCCAAGAUGCUGGAGCUCUUCCUCUCGCUCCCAUAG